GGAGUCGAACGGAAACAACCGAGCAGAGCCGAUUGCAGCGUUUGUAAAUUUGUAGUCGCCAUUUUCUAUUGAAGAGUGCUGGUGUCGUACAUUAGAAUUACUCUUUUCAGUGGAUUAUCCGGAAAUUUUACUUUAUGUAAAGCUGAUUCAGUUAUCAAAUGGCUUGUUUAAACGUACUUAAACAAGAAAUCAAAACUUUAGAAGCAGUGUUUCCUAAAAACCACGAACGGUUUCAAAUAGUGUCUGCCAGUGUUGAUGAAUUGAACUGUAAAUUUAUCGGGAGGAAUGGAAAACGAUAUGAAAUCCACGCAAACAUAACUGAAACGUAUCCAUCGACACCACCCGUCUGGUUCGCUGACUCCGAAGAGACCAGUGUUACCAAUGCAGUUCAAAUUCUCAGCAACACUACCGGUCGGGACAAUCAUGUGAUGAACCAAGUCGGUAUCCUAGUGCGCGAGCUGUGUCGACUACAUAGUGUGUCAGAGCCCGCUGAGCUGGACCGCCUCAGCAUGGGGGUGUGGGUGGGUCCCCCCGCUAUAGACCCCCCAGACAUGGACGAGGACGAGGAUGAUGAUGACAAUGACGACGACGAGGACCUCCACUUGGAGAUGGAGGAUAGCGAGGCACUCGCCAAAAACAAGUCAGAUGAGAUGGAUGCAGAACAUAUCAACAUGCUGGAGAGGUUGAGGCAGAACCAGCGCCAAGACUACCUCAAGGGUCAGGUCUCCGGCAGCGUGCAGGCUACAGAUAGGCUCAUGAAGGAGCUCAGGGACAUCUACCGCUCAGACACCUUUAAGAAAGGCAUGUACAGCAUAGAGUUGGUGUCAGAUAGUCUGUACGAGUGGAAUAUUCGGCUGAUGUCAGUAGAUCCAGACUCCCCCCUCCACAAUGACCUGGUCAUGCUCAAGGAGAAGGAGGGCAAGGACUCUAUCCUGCUCAAUAUGCUGUUCAAGGAGACCUAUCCUUUCGAGCCUCCAUUCGUGCGAGUGGUCCACCCGAUCAUCUCCGGCGGCUAUGUGUUGAUGGGUGGAGCCAUAUGUAUGGAGCUAUUGACCAAGCAAGGAUGGAGCUCUGCCUACACGGUGGAGGCUGUGAUCAUGCAGAUCGCGGCCACACUGGUGAAGGGCAAGGCUCGGAUACAGUUUGGGGCAGCCAAAGUUGUGACUCAGGUAAACUCGGCACAGGGCCAGUACAGCUUGGCUAGGGCGCAACAGUCCUUCAAGUCCUUAGUACAAAUACAUGAAAAGAAUGGCUGGUUUACUCCACCGAAGGAAGACGGUUAAUGCGUAGGAAGUCUAUUGAGACGAGUGAGAGAGAGACUUGUACAAAGUGCACAGUGAGAAGGGAGCAGCAUCGCCCACCUGUAAAUAAUAGACUUUGCUGUACCGCGUUGGUGUCAAUUCCCGUUUUAGUUACGUCUCUGUCCUCGUUCCUUAUGGUACUUUUAUUAUGUAAGUUUUAAGGAUAAAAUAAAUAUCUAUAUGUUUUAAUUGUCAUGAUUUAAUAGAACAGUUGUUUUUGUAGUAAAGUAAUAAAGUGUAAUUGCAGUGUU